AUGUCUCCCGACUCUACACUUCUCAUACUGGCGUUGCUUGCCUCGCCGGUCUCAGCAGCUUCAGCCCUCACAUACUGUUCAAGCGUGAACACUGGCGCCUCAUUUUCUUCCCAACUUAGCAUUUAUCAGUCAAACGGGCUUUGCACGACCACCUGCAAUUCCGAUUAUGCUUUUGCAAUUCUCCAGGGCAAGGAGUGCUGGUGUUCUAAUAUCGCCCCUAAUAAAGCCACCAACACCGAUGUCUCGGACUGUGAUGUCGGAUGUCCCGGCUAUCCAGAUGAUAGUUGUGGUGAUGCCAGCAAGGGUGUUUUCGCGUACAUCCAGAUGUCCCUUCACAAGCCUUCGGGCACAGCAACUGCCCCAUCCUCGAGCAAAACAACCAUGUCCUCGACAGAUACGUCCAAGACAGACUCCACCAAGACUAGUACCACAGAAGAAUCCACAACUACUCGAAACACUGUUUCGGUCGAAACAAUUGCCGGUCAAGUGAAGACCGUAACAGUUUCGGACCAUAAAACAGUACCAACAGCGACGCCCACUCCUACCUCCGAGCCAGAUAAAGGAAGCUCCGGAGUGUCUGCUGGAACUAUCGCUGGGGCUGUCAUCGGCGCCGUGGGAGGCUUAGCAGCCGUCGUGGCAAUCAUAUUUCUAGUCCUUGCAGCCAGACGCCGCUCACGAGCGCAGAGCCCAGAUCCAAGCGUUAAUAACAAUCUUCUUGAUGGAAGACAAAGCAAGGGCUCCCAAAUGAGCUUUGUGAAGGGCAUGCUCUCGGAUGGACACAGCCAUACUUUGUCUGCGGGGUCCUCGACCACACCCCAGCGUUUGCCGACAUUCACUGACAACCGCAUGAAAACGGACACCGUACUUUACGGAGGUCAGCGCCGAGACAGUGAUCUCUCACUUCAAGACAAUGAAGACUACUCACGCCCCGUGCUCAGGUUGACGAACCCCGACUGA